CUUGUUAUUUAUUCUCCAAUAUAGUGGAGUAAACAAAGUAAAAUAUAUUAAAACCUAGACACCAAUGGUUUAUUUCGUAUUGUUCUAUUUAUUAGUAUAAUAUAAAAUGAGUUCAAAGAAGGGUAAGCGUAAUUUAGGUAAUAAGCAUUUUCCAAUAGCCGAGUCUGUAAGUAUAGCUCUGAAGAUACAAUUGGAUAAGUUUUUAAACGACGAAAAUGAAACAGAACUUCAGUUCCCUACGUUUCUGUCGGCCCAAGAACGAGGAUUCAUUCACGAGACUGUCGCCAAGUUGGGGUUAAAGUCUAAAUCGCGCGGGAAAGGUGUGAAUCGGUACUUAACUAUAUACAAGCGAGUGGGAUCAACUAUUAUCCAAAAUGAUGCGAAGCUCAUACUCGACUCAAACAUGCGAUGUGUUAUCAAAGAAGUCUUCAAUGCAUUUCCUAUAACGGCCAAAGAAAAGGAAGAUUUGUCGUUAUCUCCUGAAAAAGAACGGGCUCCUCAGCUUAUUCAUAAAACACUGGGGCAAUUGAAUAAUGGUGUUGCACAGAUACCGAAUACAACAUAUAAUCCAGAUUUACUGAAAUUUAGGGAAAAAUUGCCAGUAUAUGAGCAAAGACAGGAUUUACUCAAUGCAAUUUUACAUAAUCAGGUGAUAAUUGUAGCAGGUGCAACAGGAUGUGGCAAGACUACCCAGCUCCCUCAGCUGGUGCUAGACUAUUGCCAAGAGCACAAGCAGCCAGCUAGGAUAUACUGCACCCAGCCUAGAAGAAUUUCUGCAGUUUCAGUCGCAGAGAGGGUGGCUUAUGAGAGAAUGGAGAAAAUAGGCCAGUCUAUUGGGUACCAGAUACGACUGGAGUCGCGUGUGAGUCCUCGGACUGUACUUACAUAUUGUACCAAUGGUGUACUGCUGCGGACGCUCAUGGGUGGUGAUACUGCUCUUACUGGUGUGACGCAUGUGCUGGUGGAUGAGGUGCACGAGCGCGACAAGUUCAGCGACUUCCUGCUGGUGGCUCUGCGGGACGCGCUCGGACGACUCAAAGACCUCAAGCUGGUGCUCAUGUCCGCCACCAUGGACACACAAAUAUUUUCCAGAUAUUUCAACAAUUGUCCUGUGAUAACCAUCCCCGGCCGCCUCCACGAGGUCCAACGUUACUACCUGGAGGAUAUACUGAAGAUGACCAAGUACACCACAAAGAAGAUGGUUCAGGUUGAAAGGGAACUGAAAGCUAAGCUGAAAAGCGGGCAGAGUUACUGGUCACACCUCGAAGGACAGAAACAGAGUCCGGAAGAGAUCAGCAAGGACGAAAAGGAAGCCAUCGAUCCGGCUCUCCAGGCCGACAUGGACGAAUUCCUGGACGAAUGUUUCAACGAGGGCAGCCUGGACUCGUUCAGCCAGCUGCUGUACAUGUUCAUGUCGGAGGGCGUGCCGGCGUCGCUGGCGCACUCGCGCUGCGGGCGCUCGGCGCUGGCGGGCGCGGCGCUGCGCGGCCUGCGCGACGUGGCCGAGCAGCUGCUGCGCAUCGGCGCCGAUCCGACACUGAAGGACAAGAGCGGGAAGACACCGUACGAUCACGCGGUCGAAAACGGCCAUACAGAGUGCGCCAAGCUGCUGGCGACUUUCGACCGCUCGGAGGAGGCCAAGAAUGGCCAGGAAGAGGAUACCUCGGCCGAUGACUUCCUGCUGGACGUUUACAACCACGCCUUCUCGGAGGAGCUGAUCGAUCACGAUCUGAUGCUCGCGCUGGUCAGACACAUACACAUGAACAUGCCCAAGGGGAGCAUUCUAAUAUUCCUGCCGGGGUACGACGACAUCGUGGCCCUAAGGGACUUGAUUCAAGGCUGUACGGAAAUGAACGUUAUGAAGUACCAGAUUUUCACAUUGCAUAGUAAUAUGCAAACGUUGGACCAAAAGAAAGUGUUCAAUCCUUUACCAAAUGCGAGGAAGAUUAUUAUUUCGACCAACAUCGCGGAGACGUCCAUAACGAUCGACGAUGUCGUUUACGUGAUAGACUCCUGCAAGGUAAAGGAAAAGUAUUAUGAGUCAAAUGGUGGUGUCUGCUCGUUGCAAUGUGUGUGGACCUCGCGGGCCUGUUGCCAGCAGAGAGCGGGCCGCGCCGGCAGGACCAAACCCGGCCACUGCUUCCACAUGUGCUCCAAGCGGAGAUUCAAAACUCUACCUCUCAAUUCCGUACCAGAAAUACUGCGAGUUCCUCUACAAGAAUUGUGUCUUCACACUAAACUAUUAGCCCCGGGCAACACGCCGAUAGCCGAUUUCUUAGCGAAAGCUCUAGAACCACCCUCAUUUUUGGCCGUCCGCAAUGCGGUCACUUUACUGAAAACGAUCGGAGCAUUAACCUCUAUGGAAGAUUUAACGGAAAUAGGUCAACAUUUGCUAGAUCUCACAGUCGAACCAAAGCUGGGCAAAAUGCUGCUCUACGCUUGUGUCAUGAAAUGCCUCGACCCGAUCUUGACGAUCGUAUGUAGCUUGGCCAACAAGGAACCGUUCCAGAUAUCGAUGAAUCCCGAAAACAGGAAAAAGGGUGGAUUAGCCAGAAAAGAAUUUGCCGCUGACUGCUACUCUGACCAUAUGGCGUUACUCAGGGCAUUCCAAGCCUGGCAGGCCGCCCGAGCCAAUGGCACGGAGAAGGCUUUCUGCGCUAAGUAUUUAAUUUGCGGUGCGACUAUGGAAAUGAUUGUGGGCUUCCGAUCUCAAUUAUUGGCUCAACUUAGGGCUUUGUGCCUCGUCAAAGCCAGAGGCUCCGGUGACAUAAAAGAUGUAAAUAUUAAUUCUGAAAAGUGGCACGUUGUUAAAGCCGUCCUGGUGAGUGGUCUCUACCCCUCUAUAGCGAGGGUAGACAGGGACUCGAGUACGUUGAGGACUUCUAAAGAAGUAAAAGUUGCCUUCCAUCCAAGUUCUACCUUACACCGCGGAGGUGGAGUCACAGGGUCGCAAAAGUCGGUCCAAAAUCUGCCGACUGAUUGGGUUGUUUUUGAGGAAAUAUCGCGUGUUGGACGGUUUUGUUUCAUUCGCUGCAAUACUUUAAUAACUCCACUAACAGUUGCUCUAUUCGGAGGGCCACUAAGACUCAAGAGCGGGGCGUUUACCCAGAGGGCAAACCCUCCUGGUCUGUCGAGUGAUUCGGAUAGUGAAGCAGACGAAAACAACUCGUCUCCGGACACGGCAGUGUUGACGCUCGAUGACUGGAUGGCGUUCACGGCCGACGCGUCCGACGCCAUCAGUGUUUACUAUUUGAGGCAAAAGCUUAGCGCUCUAGUGCUCCGUCGCAUGUCGAACCCCGCCAAACCUAUGAGUCCGUUAGAUGAACAAAUUUUAAGUACAGUGGUGCACGUCAUCGGCGCCGAAGAGAAAAACAUAGGACUGAUUCAACCGAGCGGCAUCGGACAGAGGCCCAAGCCUUUGACGUUAGAUUCUCCCAAUUGGCGAAUGCGCGUAGACGAAGAACAGUACCGGCACGAGAACAAAUACUAUCCACAGUACGGUCAAAACGACUACGGAAACAACUACUACCAGAAUAGUUACGGGUACAGGAACGGUCAAAGGCCGGGAUGGAGGAACGACGGCAUGCCGCAAGGGUUCUCGCCUCAGUCCUACAGCGGGCCGAAGAGCCCCAUGUCCCCCAACGGGAAGCUGCUGCUGGCGAACAUCGAGAAGUACGCGGAGGCCAGCGACGGCAGCGUGCGCUACUUCGUGGCCAAGGCGGACGACGUGCACGCCGUGGAGGCGGCGCAGGCCAGCGGCAGCUUCGCCUUCUCGCAGAACACCGCCAAGAAACUGCAGAAGGCCCAGCAGGAGGGUCACCGCGUGGUGGUGCUGUUCUCAGUGGCCAGCGCCUCCAAGUUCGUGGGAGCGGCCGCGCUCAUGGACUCCGGCGCGCUGGACUGGCUCAGCGGGCAGCACGCUCCGUACCACAUGCUAAGACACAUAGCGAAUUCUCUGACGGGCGGCAGCCGCGUGGCGGGCGCGCGAGACGGCACGGAGCUGUGCGGCGCAGCGGGGCGGGCUAUGCUCGCCGCACUCACGUCUCGGAGGAGACAUCCGCACGCGCAGCACUCGCAACACUCGCAGCACACACAGCACACACAUGGGCAGCACUCGCAGCACUCGCAGCACGCCCAGCACGCCCAUCCUCACCAGCCGAGACCCAUUCAGAAGCACUCCGGUGACCUUUAGUGGCGUAAACGAUACGGGAGACUCGAAGACUGCGGCCUCAAGUAUUCGCUUUUAAACUAAAAAGCAACCCAAAACGGUUAGGUUCGGCAUGAGCUUGAAAAUGACUGAGAUUUGAUGUCGCGUCCGAUUGCGCGGUGACGGUCGCGUCGUUAUAUAUUAUGUAACUUUUAAGAAUGUCCUGAUUUAUUAAGUAAUCACUCAGACACGUUUUAUUGUAUACUAAAUAUAUAAAAAAAGAAUCUUUUUCACUCAUUGAUUUCUAUAAUCUAUACACUUCUAUUACUUGUGUACAACGCAUGGUCGCACGACCUGAUAAACUAUUUGUCUAUGAAUGUUAAAAGAACUAAGCUUCGUUAUGCUAGUUAUAGCUUAGUAAAUAUACUAAUGGUUGUUUGUUUAUGUCAAUAUGAAUUGGUUAAGUAAAUGGACCAGCCGCUAGAUGACAUGUGCACUUGCCGCACUGACUGCACUAGCCGCACUAGUUAAAAACAACGUUGAAGAUUAUAGAAAAUAUUCGUUAAGGUGCUCGUAGCAAUGAAGCUAUUACUUUUAAUAAGAAUAAGUAACGAUUAAUUUUGUGAUAAAGUUAAUAAUUAUUUUUAUUAACAACUUGUUUCCUGUGAAUUUAAUAGUAACAUUAAUAUUAAUUUACGUCAUAUAUAUGUAUACUCUAUUCCAACCAUAAGAGGGGAAAAGCCAAAUAAACAACAUUUGACAGCAAAUUGACGCGAUAUCAUUGGUCAAGAGCUUCAUUUAUCUAUGAUAUUCACUUUGGUUGUGUAAAUAAUUUGGCGUUUUGAACGACAUCGAAACUUAUCGGAAUUUUGGAAGUAACAUUAAAGUGGAUAUAAGUAGUUAAGUGUAAUAGUAUUGUGUUAUAAAUAAAGAUAUAUCAAUCAUAUACUCAUAGUGAUGCACAACAUAGCUGAGUUAUCAGCAAAUCGCGUGAAAUACACGGUUUGUUUAUCUAUAUUCCUACUUCGGCUGGAAUAGGCUAUAUGUCUCAACCGAUGCACACAUUAUAGACAUUGAAAACGACAAUAAUAUAGUAUUAUUGUCACAUCCAUAUAAUAUAUUAAUUAUAAAAAUAUAUAUUUAUACAUAGUUUCAAUUUAAAAUACUUCAUUGACGCUUUAUUACCAUAAUGUCAAAAUGAAUUUAAUUGUUUUACUUUAAAGAAAAUUUUAAAUAUUGAUCUUGCUAGUUGAUAUUUAAAUAUAAAUGUACUAUUAGUAAUAAAUUGUACCCUGUGUGAUGGAAAUAAGGUCAAUUUCAUUGAUUUUUACACUGUCCGUUGCAUGAAAUUUUAUUUACAUAUUUAGAAUAAUAAAAUUUGUUUAUUAUACGAGAAUAGUACUUGCUUGUAGUUCAUAGAACUGUUAAGUUUUGUAUAGAUCCUAAUAUUUUUGAAAUUUAUUUAUGAAUAUGUGAUAGAUGACUUUGAUCUCUACAGAUUCUAAUUAUUUCACUAAAAUAUAAUUUUCGCGACUUUGUGUUGUAUCAAAGUUUAUAAUGUUUUUAAAUGCUGAAUCGCGGUGAUUGGUCGAAGCUAGAGAUUCCGAGUACUGCGUAAUCGGUUUUACCUAUUGUAUGUUUUUAACACUUCAUGUUUUAAUGCAACUGUACUUAAUGCCUAUUGUUUAAUAAAAAACGAACACUCUUAAACGUAGGGUAAUUAAUAAAAAAAUAUUUUAGUGUAACUCUGAUACUCAAGUAAAGACUCAUUUGUUAAUUUGCAUCACAGCUUUUAAUGAAAAUGUUAGAUUGAAUUGAUUCUGUAUUAAAUAUAAUAACGAGUCUUUGCUCAUUCACAGUUAAGAUUAAUAUUAAAUGUCCAGCUUAAAGUUUAAACUUAUGUUUGUGAACUUCGUUUACGAGUUGACCAAUGAUAGAUUAGCAUUAGUGCUAUUAAUUGUUAUAGUGUGUGCUUCUUAACGUUUUCUAUAAGCUAAGACAAAAAAAACUGGGACUCAGGAUUUAUCUGUAACUAAAUGUUAAUGUUGUCUGAUUUUAAAAACAGUGUGGAUGAAAAAUAAAAAA